AUAAGCAAUCUGGGCUUCAGCCGUCAUAAACAAAACAAAUACAACUAAUAUACAACGAAACAAAUCAAAAACCAUGAUAUGCGGUUUGAGGAAGUGCUGCUGCGUGAUUUCCCUUAGAGUGGGUUGUAUGAUCAGUGCCCUGUUAUUGAUAUUUUUCGAACUUAUCGCCGUUCCUCUGAGGAAUGCUAAGCCCUGCUGCGAUUCCUUUGAAGGAGUCAUUGCAGUUGUCUAUAGGGUGUUGGAAAUAGUGAACUUCGUGGGCUGCCUGAUGCUGUUCGUGGCCUCGUUCGUAAAAACAUCCGUUCUCGUAUCUUUGUUUCUUGCCACAAGCUCAUUGCACACUCUGCUGUAUCCUGCCUUUUUGGUGGCGGAAGUUGUUAUUUGGAAUGCAGAUAUCGUCGAUAUAAGCUUGUCUAUUCUUGGCAUUGUUUUGGGCAUUUACAUUUGGAUCGUGGCCCUUGCUUUCUAUUUUGAGUGCAAGGAGGAUGUCUUCAAAGAUGACGGCACCUCGCCUGAUCUGCGUAAAAAGGGAUCAAUAAUAAUUAAUAGCUUAGAUUUCUGACAAGAAGGUUAACUGUUUAAUUUAUAUGCAUUUGUUUUAUCAAAAUUAAAUUGUAAAUUAUACUAACAAUGAAUUAUGAAUGUCGAA